AUGCCAAGUCCUUUCAUUUCUUCCGUAUAAAGAAUCAAAAGAAUCCAAAGUGUCCAAACAAUUUUCAUUCAAAGAAUCUCCGAGAGAAAAAGAAGAAAGGAUCCGAUUCAAGGAUGGCAUCUGGAAUAUUGGAAGUGUUCUUGGUUAGCGCUAAAGGCCUCGAUGAUACAGAUUUUCUGGGUGAUGGGUCUAACCCAUCAUGGAAUGAAAAAUUUACAUUCAGGGUGGAGUAUCCAGGAUCAGGUGGUGACUACAAGCUCAUUCUGAAAAUCAUGGACAAGGACACCUUCUCUUCCGACGACUUUAUUGGCCAGGCCACAAUAUAUGUGAAGGAUUUAUUGGCGAUUGGAGCAGAGAAAGGAAGUGCUGAAAUUCAUCCUACUAAACAUAGUGUAGUUAAUGCUGAAAAUAGUUAUCGUGGAGAUAUUACGGUCGGUGUUACUUUCACCACAAAGGUAUAUAAACCCUUUUCCCAUCUUAAUUAUGAGUUUUGAAAAUGAUUACUUUUGUUUGUAAACGAAAGGUAUAUUG